UUUGUUUUCAUAAAGCCUAGGCCUUAUAGAAACCGGAUAAUUCUGCCCAUUGGCGCGUAACUUUGAAGAUUUUCCUUAAUAUAAAUAUCUCUCCUCCCUUCUUCCCUAACAGCGCAAAGCCAUGGCUUCACAAAACCCUAAUUUUCGAGAGCUUCUAGGGGCCAUGGCAAAAAUAGAAGAAAACCCUAGUUCCAGACCUAAAACCAAGAUCGUCUGCACUCUUGGCCCUGCUUCAAGAUCGGUGCCCAUGCUUGAGAAGCUUUUAAGAGCAGGCAUGAACGUGGCCAGGUUCAACUUCUCUCACGGCUCCCACGCUUAUCACCAGGAAACCCUAGAUAAUCUCAGGAUUGCGAUGGAAAACACCGGUGUUCUAUGUGCAGUUAUGCUGGAUACUAAGGGGCCAGAAAUUCGAACCGGUUUCUUGAAGGAUGGGAAACCCAUCCAACUCAAGAAGGGUCAGGAAAUCACCAUCACGACCGAUUAUAGCAUAAAAGGAGAUGGGAACAUGAUAUCCAUGAGCUAUAGCAAAUUAGCAGAAGAUGUGAAGACCCAAAGCGCUAUCCUCUGUGCUGAUGGCACAAUUACUCUCACAGCACUUGCCUGUGACAAGAUCAAAGGCCUGGUUCGGUGUCGGUGUGAGAAUACAGCCACUUUGGGUGAGAGGAAAAAUGUCAAUUUGCCGGGCGUUGUCGUAGACCUCCCAACUCUCACAGAGAAGGACAAGGAGGAUAUCUUGAAUUGGGGUGUCCCCAACAAGAUUGACAUGAUUGCUUUAUCUUUUGUGCGCAAAGGUUCCGACCUUGUACAGGUCAGAAACUUGCUAGGAAAGCAUGCCAAGUCCAUCCUGCUAAUGUCAAAGGUUGAAAAUCAAGAAGGGGUUGCUAACUUUGAUGAGAUCCUCGCAAACUCAGAUGCAUUCAUGGUGGCAAGAGGAGACUUGGGCAUGGAAAUUCCCAUUGAAAAGAUCUUCCUAGCCCAGAAGGUGAUGAUAUACAAGUGCAACAUCAAAGGAAAACCAGUGGUCACAGCCACCCAAAUGCUCGAAUCCAUGAUAAAGUGCCCUCGCCCCACGCGAGCAGAGGCCACCGAUGUGGCCAAUGCUGUUCUUGAUGGCACCGAUUGUGUAAUGCUUAGUGGGGAAACAGCAGCUGGAGCUUAUCCUGAGCUUGCGGUUCAAACCAUGGCCAAAAUUUGUAGAGAAGCUGAGAAAUCCAUCGACUAUGGAUCAGUAUUUAAGAUGACUAUUGAGGCAGCUCCAAUGCCCAUGAGCCCAUUAGAGAGCUUGGCUUUCUCAGCAGUUAGGACUGCUAACUCUUCAAAAGCGAAAUUAAUACUGGUUCUCACUAAAGGGGGGAGCACUGCAAAGCUAGUGGCUAAGUACAGACCUGCCAUUCCCAUAUUAUCGGUCGUUAUUCCUGAGAUCAGCACUGAUACUUUUGAUUGGUUUCACAGUGAUGAAGCCCCGGCGAGGCAUAGUCUUAUUUUCAGGGGUUUGAUCCCAGUUCUGAGCGCGGGUUCAACAAAGGCUUCAUACUCAGAGGCCACCGAAGAGGCAAUACUUUUUGCUCUCCAAUAUGCAAAAGAUAAGGGCCUUUGUAAGAUUGAGGAUGCGGUGGUUGCAUUGCACAAAGUAGGAUCUGCUUCUGUUAUCAAGCUUUUGACCAUAAAGUGAGAGAAAGGAGUUUGAGUUGU